UCGUUUUGCGGUCUGGUCUUGUAACCGUCUUUUGGUCUUUCUUAUUUCUUGCGCUUGUAGAUUCUGCAGAUUAUCUCGAAGGAAUGUAAUAUUUUCUUAAUAUAGAUAAAACCGCAGCAACUAUCGUCUGUCAAAUAGAGCUAGAAUAGUUUUAUGUUAUAAGAGAAGAACUACAAUUACGAUACUGCAAGUUUUCUGAAGUUACGGCGAUAGUAGCUAGGUAUCGUUCUGGCUGUGUGUGGACUGCCAAUGGCGUGUGCAGAGACAUUAGAUUACAGAGUAGGAGAGGUCCUGCUGAAUAGAGUGAUGCAGGAGCAGCUGGAUGAGGUGCCAUCAGACGUCCCGGUAGUGGUCUCCACAAAAACCCAGGAGGUGGAGAGUGAUCAGGAGCAGAAGAUUGUGUCACAGCUAGCUAUGAUGAUACGGACCAUCGGAGACGCCGUCAAGAAGGACGGGAAGCUGGACGAUGCGAUAGAUGGAAUGGUGGGGAAAAUGACCAGCCAGACCAGCUACUGGAAGUUGGUAGAAAAGGUAUUUGAGGACAGUCAAAUCACCUGGGAGAGAAUUGCUGUGCUGUUUUACGUAGCAGGGAGGAUAGCCGUCAAGGUGGUGAUUGCUAACAUCCCCCAGUUAGUGAAGGACAUUCUGAAGUGGACUCUGGAGUACUUCAGAAGCAAAUUACUGGAUUGGAUCCAGAAACAUGGAGGAUGGAUGAACAGUUUUUCUGAGCUGGCGCGUGUGCAGGUGGAGAAGAUGUCCCCUAUGAGCACCUGGUCCUCAGCGUUCAUCCUGGUCUUCCUCGGAGGUGUCAUACUGGGUAGUGUUAUCACCUGGAAACUGGCCAGGAGGACCUGACACACACACACACAGUUCCACUCCAGUUCAAACGCAAUUGUGUGACAUGACACGCAAACACGUGGGCGUGCACACACACACAAAUACAUUUGUUUACGUAGUCUAUGUAUUAUUAGUUACCUACCUUCUGGUUUGCUCAGGAUAAAUAAGAUGACCAGAUGCUGCUGAAAGUGGUGUUGGAGAGCCAGUAGGAGCCAAUCUUUUCUCUGGUAAAAAAAAAAAAGAAGGAAAAAAAGAGAUCCCAGU